GUUUGCUUGCUAACCCUUUCCCCUAAACUUGUGUCGCAGAAAAUGGACGAUUUACUGGACAAAAUUGAAUCCGGUGUCUAUCCGCUCAGUGCUUUUGAUGAAAUUAUCUCCUAUGUCAAUAUCCGCCACGUAAACUUUUAUUCAAACCGAGAUGCCACUACCGAUUUUAUGCCGGCCGAUAAGCUUGAGACGGCGUUCUACAAGACACUCAGCCUGUUCCCUCUUUUUGUCGGUGACCUUUCCCAACGAGCUGACGGCCGCAUGGAGAUUGUUAUAGACAAGGAUAAUCUCAACAUUCCCGGUUACAUGGAGUCGCAAUCUGAUGUUUCUUUCAGCGACAUUGAGUCACUCAGCUUUAAUCAGUCGACAUGGCCAACCAACUUGUCAACCACUGGUACUAUUGCAUGCCCUGACGCUGAAACAAACCGGAUUAAGCUCGCCAACAUACACGUAAUACGUCUGAAGGACAAUAGUGGCGUCAUCAUAUCGACCAGUUUUGCCCACGCAGUCACAGACGGAUAUGGUUGCUUCGAGUUUCUUAACUGCUGGGGAGACCAGACCCGUGCGCUUAUUACUGGACAGCCGGUACAAGAAAGCAGGUAUUGCUUUGAUCGUGCUGUUAUCCGUAGGCUAAUGCCUAGCGAACGGGCUCCACUUAACCAAACCACGCGGGACAUGUACACUAAAAGUUCGUAUUUGACAAACUGGAUAAGCUGGCUCUCUCCAAGUAUGCGUGGAAAACUGAUGCGCUACUCGAGCAGCAAGAAUCCAGUCGAAGGCUGCCUAUUCCGAAUUCCACGCGUCAAACUUGAUGAGCUUCGCAGCCAAGUGCUCAACUAUGUCCCUCCUGGAACCCGCAUCUCGGAUAACGAUCUCAUUUCGGCACUAACGUACAAAGUACUAACGCAGGCCACAAUGGAGGCUACUGGCGGUGGAUCUGGGUGGAUCUCAAGUGCUAUCAGUCGCGCGAUGGGAAUAAAGGACGGACACUGCCUUGGAAUAUCUUGCGAUGUCCGCCACCGCCUUGGUAUGGAGGAUUUAAACUAUAUCGGAAAUCCAAUCCAUCAGGUUUUCAUCCCUACUUCAGCUGAAUACGCUACAAGGCGAAUUAGCCCAGAAGCAUUGGCCACAAUUGCUUUCCAGGUGCGUCAGGCAGUGUCACUCGCAACACCCCCAUACAUUGGAUCGCUCUAUGAGCUUUUAGAGUCCGGAGGUACUAGCCUGGGCAACUUCAUCGUUGGCAUGACUUCCUACAGGCUUACUCUUUGGAUAUCAAAUCAGACCCGGUUCGGUAUCUACAAGGCAGAUUUCGGCAAUGGUGUGCAGAGCUUUGCUACUAUAAUUCCGGAUUUUGGAGAAGGCUCCAUCAUUCUUCUACCCUCACCACCACCAUGCAAGGAUGUGCUUGUCAACUUGACGGUGUCACCCAAAGUCAAGGAAAAUAUUUUGAAAAACGAAUUUUGGACAAACAUUGCCGAGUUUUUUUUCUAACAAAGCGUAGCAAUUUGCAUAAAAUAUCAG